GGAUAGGGCAGGAUAAGGCAGGACUGGCUGGGUCGCGGUGUUUGGGGUGGUCGGGGCGAUCGAUAUUGCCUGGAAUUUAGCGAGAGAGCUCGUUGCAAAGCGUGAGCGUAAAACUGAGUGCAACGAGCACGAUGUGGGGUGGAAAUUCACGGCGUAGAUAGCGGAUGCGAGGGUAAAUGAAACCGUUUCACAUCUACGUGAAAGAAAACGUCUCUGGAUAUAGUUACGGGACAUGUGGAAAGAAUCUUUGGAUAUAAACGCACACAAUCUCUCUUGUUAUCAAUGCACACGUCAAGCAAACAUCGAAUGUGAACCACACGAACUAAAACAAUGUCCGCCAACUGCGGAUCGUUGCGUUACGCAUAUCAUGAAAGACCGACAAGAUGGGUUUAAGAUCUCACGAGAAUGCGGAAUCGGCCCGUGCACGUUCCGUGACUUGAUGGUAAUCAAAGGUCUUGGCCUAGACAACUGUGACCGCAGUCGAGACGAAUAUUUCUGCAUCCUCUGCUGUCCCGAAAAUGGAUGCAACAAAGACCACGCCGGCAGUGUGAAACCACUCUUUCUGAUGCAGUUACUAAGUUUUAUCGUUGUUAUGAUAUUUAUUAAAUAAAAUCAGCAAUAAUAUCAAUCUAGGAAAUGCACAAACAUUUUUUAAACAUUUUAAAGAAUGUCCAACACAAUUAUUUGAAUCUACACUAACUUUUCACAAUACAUUGUUAUUUAUCAAAUGAAAAUAUUGAUAUCACUGUAACUAAAACUAAAAACUUUUCAAAUAAACUUGUUCAAGUUGUGCUAUA